ACACAGAAGAGAAGGCCAACCAGAGCCAGCCACUCAGAGGUUGAAGAAGCUGCUUUUCUCAGACUCCAUGGCGUCCAUUGGUGCACUCAAAUUCUUCCUUUACUUACUUCCAUGUCUCCUCAACUAUCUACCUCAUUCUCAAGGUAAGCAGAAUUGGAAUGGUGAGUACCCAUUUAUCAGGAGAGGAAGUUCAUUGGGGCGUUUGGACAAUGGUGGUUAUGACUAUAUAAUAGUGGGAGGUGGCACUGCAGGGUGUCCAUUGGCUGCAACGCUGUCUAAGAAAUUCAAAGUUCUGGUGCUUGAAAGAGGAGGAGUCCCUUUCAACAACCCCAAUGUGACAUUUCUGCGAAACUUUCACAUAACUUUGGCAGACACUUCACCAACUUCGGCUUCUCAGUACUUCAUUUCAACAGACGGAGUGCUGAAUGCAAGAGGAAGGGUUUUGGGAGGUGGCAGUUCCAUUAACGCUGGCUUCUACACUCGAGCUAACCCUAGAUUUAUAAGGAAGGUGGGGUGGGAUACAAAGCUAGUGAACGAGUCUUAUCCUUGGGUGGAGAAGCAGGUUGUUCAUCGUCCAAAGUUUUCACAUUGGCAGAGAGCAGUCAGGGACGGGCUUCUAGAUGCUGGUGUGUCACCUUUUAAUGGAUUCACCUAUGAUCAUAAGUAUGGAACCAAAGUUGGUGGAACCAUUUUUGACAGAUUUGGCCGCCGCCACACCGCUGCUGAGUUGCUCGCUUCUGGGAAUCCUAAGAAACUUACUGUCCUCGUCCAUGCCACUGUCCAAAAGAUUGUUUUUGAUACAACAGGAAAGAAACCAAAAGCCAUUGGGGUUAUUUUCAAGGAUGAAAAUGGAAAGCAGCAUCAGGCAUUUCUGGGAACUGGGAGGAAGAGUGAAGUGAUUGUGUCUAGUGGGGCAAUUGGCACUCCUCAAUUGCUACUGCUCAGUGGAAUUGGCCCCAGAGAAGAGCUUCAGAAAUUCAACAUCCCUGUAGUGCUUCACAAUGAAUUUGUCGGUAAAGGCAUGGCUGAUAACCCCAUGAACACAAUUUUCGUUCCUUCCAAGAGACCAGUUCAGCAGUCACUCAUAGAAACUGUCGGUAUAACCAAUCUGGGUGUGUACAUUGAGACUAGUUGUGGCUUUGGUCAGUCCAAAGACAGCAUUCACUGUCACCAUGGUAUCUUGUCAGCUGAGAUUGGGCAGCUGUCGACAAUUCCACCAAAGCAAAGAUCACGAGAAGCUGUUGAGGCCUUUGUGAAGAGCAAGAAAGACAUACCAAUCGAAGCAUUCAGGGGAGGGUUCAUACUGUCAAAAGUUGCGAGUCCUUGGUCUACAGGUGAACUGAUGUUGAUAAACACCAACGUGGAGGAGAACCCUGCUGUUACCUUCAACUAUUUCAGCCACCCUCAUGAUCUUAAUCGCUGCGUGGAGGGUAUCCGCUUAGCCAUAAAGGUUGUUCAGUCACAGCACGUCACAAACUACACUAUGUGUGACAGACAAAGCGCAGAGAAAAUGUUGAACAUCAGUGUGCAGGCAAAUAUCAACCUCAUACCCAAACAUCCCAAUGACACAAAGUCACUGGAACAGUUUUGUAGAGACUCUGUGAUCACUAUUUGGCACUACCAUGGUGGGUGCCAUGUGGGGAAAGUAGUAAACUCUGAGUAUAAGGUUCUUGGUGUUGACAGACUCCGUGUGGUAGAUGGCUCCACAUUUUCUGAGUCCCCAGGAACCAAUCCUCAAGCCACUGUCAUGAUGAUGGGCAGGUACAUGGGACUGAAGAUUCUAAGAGACAGGUUGGGGAAAUUGGGUGAUAUUUAAGAUGAGUCAGGAGUGUGUAAUAUGAAAUUAUCUCAC